AUGAGUGCCCAGAUAUUUGGAGUUUGGAUUGGAGAUUCUACAUGUUUAAACAUUCCGAUUAAUAAUUCUAGUCAGACAAUUACUUAUAAUGAUGAUUUAACCAAUCAAUACAAAAUUACAGAUGAAAAACUGACACAUCUCAUGGGCCAAAAGAAUGGUAAAUUAAUAUUUGCCUCUAAACCAUAUACAGUCAUGGAAAAUCAACCAUUUUCAUCAUUGGAAAAGUCCAUGUUAAAUGUAAAUGUUUUGAUACCGAAUGAAAUUCCUCCGAGCUUUAAUGGAACUCUCAUACGAUAUACCUACCACAUUUCUGUAACGAUACAAGUAUCUGAUAGAUACAAUACUGUAUAUAAGAAAACAAUUUCGAUACCUUUCAAAGUUUAUAAUCCACUUUCAUCAAUUUGUAGUAUUGCUUCUUCCUAUGUGGAUUCAUUUGAAUUUAAAUGGAAUGUACAAAAUUCCUUAGAGGAACCAAUACCUAAAUUGGAAGAUUAUACUCACAAAUAUAUGCUCUCUUCAGGAAAUAAUGAUUCAUCAGCUGUAUCACCAUUCUAUUAUUCAUUUAGGCAAAUUGAAAAUAUUGUCUCACUCAAUUCAAAAACAAGUCAUUAUGAUAUUGCAGAUGAUACUCAACUUGUUUGUAGAGUUUCACUUUCCAGUUCUGCAUUUUACAUUGGAGAUACAAUAUCAGGAAUUUUUGAUUUCACAAAGAGUGAAAAAUUAUGUACCAAAGUUCAAUGUAAAUUAAUUUAUGAAGAAAAGGCAGCAUCCAAAAUUAUUUCAGAUUAUUACAAACACAAAUCAACUGAAAUCAGCUCGGAAUACUUUCAACCAUUAAAGAAUAAGAGCACUUAUUCCAAGGUUGCAAGAUUAGACAGAUAUACACUGAAUAAUAUCACUUCAGACUUUAGAAUUAUCAUACCUCCACACACACCAUCCCAAUUCUCCUCCGACCUAAUCAAGAUCAAUUGGUUUUUGAAAUUCAAAUUCUACUUGAUUGAGGGAGAUUUAGUUGAUGAUAGAAUUCAAGUUAUAAGCACUAAGGAUUUAUCUGAAAAGAAGGAUCGUUUUAAAGUCAACUCAAUGACCUGGCUUUUACCGAUUCACGUUUUUGUACCAACCAAUUUUCGUCCACUCCAUGAAAAGAGCCAACACAAAGAGCAGUGCAUUGUUGUGCUGUAG